CUUGGUAGAACUGUUUUGUAUAAGAUAAUUAAUAAGAAUAUUAUCCUCCGUAUAAAUUGUUAUUAACAAUGUAAUAUAUUAUAUAGUAGGUGACUAAAUGAUAUGACGAGGUCUCUAAGCAGCCUUCAUAUACAUAAUUGCCUCAUCAUUGCAAGACAUUAAACAAUUGCCAUUCUGUUGUCUUCUCAAGAUGGCUCAUGAGAAGAUCACAUGGAAAUGCAUCAUCCCAGGCUGUUACAAAAGUGCUGCACGUUUAGAAAAACGGUUGCACACAGAUUGCAAAAGAACAGAAAUUCUGAAACAAAAACCUUUGCUGCAGAAGAGGCUUUCCCUCUCGGAUAUAAAUGAUGAUCCCAGCUCAACGCUCUUUGCAGAUGAUCUUUCCAACUCUGUAAUCGGCCUUAAUCUUCAUGUUUUUUCGUUAGCGGAGCUUAGAGUUGUCACAAGUAAUUUCUCAUGGAGUAAUCUGCUUGGUGAGGGCGGGUUUGGACCGGUGUUCAAGGGGUUCGUUGAUGACAAGCUUAGGCCUGGAUUGAAGCCUCAGCCUGUAGCUGUCAAGCUGUUAGACUUGGAUGGCUUGCAGGGCCAUAGGGAGUGGCUGGCAGAGCUUAUAUUUCUUGGACAGCUGAGGCAUCCUAAUCUUGUUAAGCUGAUUGGAUAUUGUUGUGAAGAUGAGCACAGGCUUCUUGUAUAUGAAUUCAUGGCAAGAGGAAGCUUAGAAAACCAACUUUUCAGAAGCUAUUCUUCUGCUCUGCCGUGGUCGAAAAGAAUGAAAAUCGCUGUUGGAGCGGCUAAGGGCCUAGCCUUUCUCCAUGAAGCCGAUCAUAAGCCUGUCAUAUUCAGAGAUUUUAAGACUUCAAAUAUUCUGCUGGACUCUGAUUAUACAGCUAAACUUUCAGAUUUUGGGUUAGCAAAGGAUGGUCCAGAAGGAGAAGACACACACAUAACCACACGUAUAAUAGGAACACAGGGGUAUGCAGCCCCAGAAUACAUCAUGACAGGUCGAUUGACAACCAAGAGUGAUGUGUAUAGUUUUGGAGUUGUUCUGUUAGAGCUGCUGACAGGUAAAUGGUGCAUAGAUAAAACCCGCCCAAAUCGAGAACAGAACCUUGUAGAAUGGGCAAAGCCUCGCUUGAAGGACCCCAGAAAGCUCGACCGGAUUAUAGACCCAACAAUGGAGGGACAAUACUCCACAAGAGGGGCUCGAAAGGCGGCUGCAUUGGCUUACGCAUGCCUGAGCCACCAGCCAAAGAAUAGGCCAAUGAUGAGAGAUGUGGUCAUGAUCUUGGAGCCUCUUCAGAACUUCAAUGAAGGGUUAAUUGUUAGGCCAUUUGUUUAUGUAGCACCAAAUGAGGAGGAAAGUAAUACUAGCAUACAAGGCAUUAUAACAAGUGAAGCACAAAAGGAUGGCAAAGAAAGUUGGAAGUAGUGUACAGUCUCCAAAUAAUUUGUAUUGAUUGAGAAAGAAUGGAAGGAUUCUGCUAACGUCAGUCACUUAUUCGCA